UAGGAUUUACAUAGAACUGGUUGUAGUUUAUUUUGCGGUGCUGCUGGUCGUGAUAAUCAAGGGGUAUUGCGUCGUGUGUUAUUAGGAUUUGCGCGAUGGAACAAAUCCGUUGGAUAUUGUCAAGGCCUUAAUGUUCUUGCUGCCCUAAUUUUGCAAGUCACCGACAAAGCUGAGACUUCUGCGGUGAAAAUUAUGAUAUAUUUAGUUGAAGGAGUAUUACCAGAGGGUUACUUUGCGGAUAAUCUUCGUGGUUUGACUGUGGAUAUGGCUGUAUUCAAAGAUUUGUUACGUUUAAAGCUACCAAGACUAUCUAAACAUAUAGAAUCUUUACAAAACAAAAACAAAAGUAAAGCAACAGGGAGCAGUUAUGAACCACCUUUAAUAAAUGUAUUUACUAUGCAAUGGUUCCUUACACUAUUUUGUCAUUGUUUACCUGAAAAUACUGUCCUUCGUAUUUGGGACCUAAUCUUUCUAGAAGGCAACGAAAUUCUUCUGAAAACAGCUUUAGCUAUUUGGAAAGGGAUUUCCGAUCGAAUUAUAGCUGUGAAAUCUGCCGAUGAAUUUUAUAGUAUUAUGGGAGUUUUAACAAGAGAAAUGCUCGAGUUCACAGAUACAAACAACUUAAUCAAGGCAAUCGUGAAUAUGGGAACCUUACACGAAAUUCAAGAUUUGAGGGAAAAACAUCGACAUAAUAUUGCUCCGUGGGCAAGAAAGUUAAGUGUUAAUAAAGACAAUAUUACAAAAGAUAAUGGAAGAUUACCAGUUUCUGCGACAAGUUUUGCAGCUCAACGUCAAACAAAAAAAGAUGCUGACGAUAGUGAAUCAGAAUGUAUAAAAUCAUUGGAGAAUAAUUUAGUUUCUCUUUCAAUUGAACGGAAACAAAAUGCUGACAGCGAUAGUUCAUCAACCGAACUUUGUGAUGAACCUGAACAUUUUAGUGAUAGUGAAGAUCAAUCUUCCAUAACAGAUAACAAUAUAAUAUUCGAUACUCGUAAUGAAUUACAAUUGAAUAAGGUUUCAAUACAAAAUCCUUUAAGUGAAAUAGAAUCAAAUUUCAAGGAUGACUCAUCAAUCGAUACACAAAUUAAUAAUGAAAAAGAGCAAUCAAUGAAGAAUGAAUAUUUUUCAUCUGUCAGUCAAAUAACGGAUGAGAUUCGGUUAAUUUCUGCAAGUAAUGAUUUGACUGGUUCUAAUACGUUAACUAGUAGAAGUAUCUCACCGACGAAAGAAAAUGGUAACAGCGAAGUUUUGAAGUUAGUGGAUAAAGAUUUUACGAGCCAUUUGAAAUCGUGUUCUGUAAAUUCUAUGACAGAUAACUUGGAAUUAAAUUCUCUUUUUCCACAUUCAAAUAAAAUUAUCAAUCAUUAUGACAGCAUCAUUACUGAUACUGUAAUAUGUGAAAAUGAUGACAAUACCUAUAAGAAUUUGUUCGAUGAUAUAUUUAUAAAUGAUGAUACACAAGUUGAUAGCUUGUUAAUUCCUCCUAAUAGUAAUGCAAUAAAUAGUAGUCGUUUGUCUGAAAGUGUUAUUUUAUCACCCGAUAAGAAGUUCAGAAAUGUACUUACUGAUUAUCACUUAAUCGUGAAAUCAAAUGAUGUUGAAGAAACAGUAAAUGACUCUAGUAUAAAUAAUGAAGCAUUAACGUCAUCAAAUAUUGUAAAUAAAAUAGAUAUGGUCAAUGACUUAAAAUUAUCAACUAGUGAAAUGACUGAUGCUAGUCAAAAAAUAAAUAUAAUCUUAAAGGGGAAAAAUACAUUAGAACAUGAACAAUCGGAGCUUAAAAUAAUAUCUAACAAUUUGUUAGAUUUAAACAACGAUGCUAAUCACAAUCGUAAUACAAUUGAUACAAAAUUUUUGAAACCCGAUGACAUGAAAAAAUCUGACUCAAGUAUAUUUCAUCGAAUACAAAAUUUUCAAGCUGAAAGUGGGAAAAUCUUUCAGCACACUGAUUAUCAUUUCUUGAAUGAAAGUGCCCAAUUCACUUUUACAGAUUUAGACGAUGAAUAUUUAAAGUCUAAUGUCGAUUCAAAAUCUUACGAAAAUAUUUCAGCACUGAAAUUUAAUAAAUAUACUUUAUCAAGUCCAGUUGCCUCGGAUUCUUCUAAAAAAGUACUUAACCUUAAUCCUAUUGAAGUAAGAAUUGAAAGUGACUCUUUGGACGUUCCGAUAAAAGUUAAUUAUGCUGAAAAAUUGUUCGAUUUAAGGCUUCGAUCGCCCGUAGUGACUAAUGCUUUUGAGGAUUCUAUUGAUUGUAAGCUACAAAAAAAUUUAGCUAACACUUCACCUAAUGUAGUUCCAACUAGUUCACCUUUUUUUCCUAUUUUAGACUUAGAUGAGAAAUCUCCUCCAUCGAAUCACAUUGUUGAAUACGAAAAAAAAAGCAAUCAUUUAAAUAAUGUUUCACCUGCAAAAUUACCUGAAAGUUUUACUGAACUGAAUAAGUUCGAUCAAUGUCAUGAAAAUAAGAUUUUUCCAUUUUCCGCAUCUAUCGAUAUGAGGCCUAUAGUCAACUUACAUGUUAAUAGUUUUUAUUCAGAAAAUACUAAUGAAAUUGAGGGAGUAAAUUUGGAAUCAGAAUUUACAAAUUUUAAAAUAAAAUCAUGCAAUGAAAAAUUAAAAAAUAAAGAUUCGUGUGCAGCAAAUUCAAACAAAAAUGAUUCGAAUUUUGAAGGCCUUACAAACCGUAUGUUUAAAAAUAGAAUCGUUGCAUCCCCGAAGAAAUUUGACUGUUAUUUAACUGAUUUAAAUAGAUUAAACUCCGAUAAGAAUGACUAUUUAUCAUCUGACUCAUGGAAAUCAGAUCAAUCUAAACAAAACUUUUCUAAUUUUAACAAAAAACCCUGUGAAUUAAAACUACAUACUUCUACUCAAGAUUUAUUGAAAGGUAAAAAUAUAGUAGAUAGUAUUUUUAAAAACUUGAAUCACAAAGAAACUCAAUCAUCAAAACUAACAUAUAUCUGUACUACUGAAAACAUUUCAACUGAGCAAAGUGAUAUAAAAAACUUUGAUCGCCUUCAUCAAAAUUCUCGCAAUGGUUCAGAAAAUCAGUAUCUCAGCUAUAAAAAUGAAAUUUCAAAUCUGAAUCUUCCUACUGGUAAUUCUGAAGAAUUGUUCGGCGAUUUAAACAUUGAUAAAAAUCCAACAAAUGUUAGUAUAUUAACAGAGUACACGAAGGAUAAAGAAAACGGCGAAAAAAAUAGUGAAGUAGACUGCAAACUAGGUGUUUGGACUAAAGUUAAACCUCGUAAAAAAAAUGUUAAUGGACGCAGAAGUAGCUGUGAUAAAGCUUUCAAAAUAAUGCAAGAAAAUUCAGCCAUUCUUCAUAAGAUUCUUACUUGUCAAGCCAAAAGAUGCCUACCAGACUUAGAAGAAAUCACAAAUGAAAUCACGAUAAGUCCGAUCAAUGAAGAAAUAUCAAAAAUUUUUAGUCCUAUACUAGAGCAGAUAGAGUUGAGCGAACAUGAUAUAAAUGAAGAAGUCGAAAAAAUUCAUUUACAUAAUUUCAAUCAAAUUAAUGACGGCAAUGAAUCUGAAUAUGAUGCAAGUUAUAUUAAGUAUUUCAAUCUUCCAUUAAAAGACGAUGGAAUUUUUCAUUGCAAUAAAGAUAGAGAUAAAAUGAUGAUGGCUCGUUACUCACCUUCGAAGGAAGACUUAGUUGAUCAUGACAUGGAUGAAGAAUUUUCAAAGCUUUCUCAUAAUUUAGUGGAAAAAUCGUCAAAUACUUCAUGCUUUCUCAAAGAGUUCUCAACAAAAAAGUCUAAUGGUGUUGGAAUUAUAGAUAUUUAUAGCUAUCCAUCAAAUGAUUUUUUUCAUGAAUUUCCUAAAAGUUUAGACCAUGAAGAGACUUAUGAUUUUUUUAAAUUAGCCAAAAAUACUUCAAGAAAAUUUUCAAAGUGUAUCGAUCAACUGGAAAAAUAUCACAUUCGAUCCACGCGUCCUCAAUCAGAUGAGUUAUCUCUAAAGAGUGAUAGUGAUAUUCAUUAUGAAUUGGAAAAAUUAGAUGAAAUGUCGUCACAUAUUUCUGUAAAAUCGAUACCCUUUAAAAUGAUACAGCAAUCAUUAUCCUCCAAAACUGAUCAAAUAGAAUCAGUUAUAGAUUCUGAAAAUAUAAUUCCGGAUGAAUAUAAAAUAACUCAUGAUCCUUCAUCUCCUCUCAACACGCGUAGUUCUUAUAAGUAUUUUAAUGACGAAUUAUCCAAAUCUCUUCCUUUUCAACUUUCCUGUGAAAAAAUUUCGAAUUCAUUCAAUAAAUCAUUGGAACCGAAUUUUGAUUUGAAUGAUCAAAGUAUAAAGUCUUCAAAUAAUUGGAGAAUUCAAAACGAACAUGAAUUUUUACUAGAAGAUUCGUAUGCGGUCCAUGUACACUAUGGAGACGAAAGCCCACAUAGGCAUAAAACAUGCGAAGAAACUUUUUCUGUACAACCACGUGACAAAGAAUUAAAUACAAGUCAAGAAAUUUUCAAAUAUUCCAAUGGAUCUCCAGCUACAUCAGAUGACCGAUUGAACAGCAAUAAAAAUAGAUCUUUAGUUUCCUCAAUAAUUGCACAUCCAAGAUAUACGCAUAAUGAAUCUAAUUUAUAUUCACGAAAUUCUCCAUCAACAUCACCGAUUGGAUAUUUGUAUGAAGAAUCACUCAUGAGCGACUCCACAAAACUUAACCGCCCAUUUUCGUAUGCUGAUGUUGAUUUAAAAAUAAACUCUCAUGUAUUUGAUUGUCACACAGUUUCUUUUGACUUACUUGAAUACGAAUUUUCACAAAAAGACAGUAGAAGUUAUAAAAGCAUGAAUGUAUUAUAAUCCGGAAAAAAAAUUCUUGAGUUUCAUUAUCAACUUACGUAAAACGUAUUUAAGAUUAUCUAAAAUAUUCAGUCAUAGAUAUAUAUGUAUAUUUGUACAGUCAUGGAUGAGUAAGCAUAAUCAAUAAUCAUUUAUCUGAUCAAGCAUAAUCACUCUUUUUGUUGACUGGACAAUUUUGAGACAUGAUUAUUCAUAAGCCAGCAUAAUUAUGUCAUUAUGAAAAAAAAAGAAAGUCCAUGUGUAUUUGUGCACACACGUACGAAGUGAAACUUCCUCACGAUAUUAUUUAUUUUAUCUUAUAUUUAUAAGAAAACAGGUUAAAUGAGGCGGUUAAUAGGUUUCAAAUCAUAAUUUUAAAUCAUUUCAUUAUUAUAAACGAUUAAUUGAGCAUUCCUCAUUAGAGUGUCGGGGCGUCUGUUAUUUAAUUACGAAGUAGUAACUGUUUUUCAAACGCGUUUUUCUCAAAACGACUUUUUUCUUUGUGUACAUUCUAGCUUAAACAUUUUAAACCGAUCAUUUUUAAAUUUAGUAGAUAGUUUUUUUAUAUAAAUACGCUCUAUGUAAACUCAACCGGAACAAUAUCAUUGUUUAAAGUAUUCUUUUAUUG